AACAGGUGCGUCGUCGAAGAUUGGACUGUGCGCACAUGGUUGGUGAAGAGCUGCUGACACGAGAAAUUCUCGAGCAGGUUCUCAAAGCUGCAGACGACCUCCAAAUCUGUGCCUGAGCAUCCCUACGGUCCCUCAGACGAGUUACGGCGACGAGCACACGCAGAGACGACCCCGAAGUCCUUUGCUUUUUCACUGGGGACCAACGGUCGAGUACAACGGCGGCCUGGUUCAGGAGGAGAAACUACGGGCAUACAACCCCCCGUCAAGGAGGGGAGCAAUUAUUUUCAAAUGUCGCUGGAGCUGAACGACAGCGACUUCUGCCUGGAGUGUCACUGGGAGGCAUUUCAGAUGGCUGGAAAAAAUCCAAUGCUGUCAGGCGGCCAUGACUCUCAAUCACAGUGGUGCUGCCCACCGGACGAAACGCAUGACUCUCACGCUUGCACAAUUGACGAGGCCUGCUGCGAUGUGGACCAUUGCUCCGUCGCCUGUGGUUCCGUAUGCGAUGGCUUCGUCGACUGCGAUAAUUCCACCGUUUGCUCCGAGUCCCAUUGUGAGGACCAGAAUUGCGAGAGCACCGGCCCUGUGUGCUUCGACAAACACUGUUUUGAGGACUCCCACGAGGGCCAGAGUUUAGAAGCCCUGCUCGGAGAGGACAUCCAGCUCAAUUGGGAUACCCCAGGCUUCUUGCCCUCGACGUCAGCGCCCGGGAAUGAGAGCUCCCAGGCACAGAAGCCAGAAGAUCCAUUUCAUCACCAUACUGUCGAUUUCCGUGCCACUGACGAACUCUUCGCUUCUCUGUCGACCCCUGCCCACAAUGCGCAGCACCAUGAUUCCUGUCAUAGUGUGUCUUGCCAGGCUCCAUCCAAAGAGUCCAGUGUAGGUCUAUCGAGUCCCUCGUACUCGAGUCAGAGCGAUCUGGCAAGCUUGGGGACAUGUGAUGUGUUAGGAGUCGGCCACGGCUAUCUCAGCUGUGGUCACCAUAUCCAUGGAGUGCAUCCUCUUCUCCCGGAUAGUAAUAUGGAGAGGUUCUUUGGCCUUCCUCCUUCGGUUGCUGCCCCCUGUUCCAACGCAGCUCACCAGCAUGUGGGAAAUCGCCUGAGGACUCCCGCAGCUACUGGUGUACAUGGCUUUCAUGGAGUAUGUCGAUCACAUGCUCAUGGCCAUACCCACUGCCAUUCACACCCAUAUAUGCCGUACGCGCGCCAUCACAGAUCAAGUGUGAGUUCUCACUUGAUGUCCAGUCCCGCCGACACACCACCGCCAUUGGAAGGAGGCAUAUCAUCAGGGCUGACAAGCCCUACUUUUCCUACUGAUGACCACGAACCCCAUAUUUGCAAAUGGACCUUCAAUCACGAUGGGAUGAAAAUCGCGUGUGGUGCCAGCUUCGCGGAUGCUGGUGCGUUGCAAGAGCAUUUGGUCUCGAAGCAUAUGGGCACGAUGGACGGCAGGAAAGGUCACGGUUACUAUUGCUGCUGGGAGGGAUGUCAUCGACCCGAUGAACCCUUUUCGCAGAAGUCGAAAUUGCAGGGCCACUUUCUCACUCAUAGUAACUUUAAAAGUUUCAAAUGCUCGGUCUGCAGCAAGCCGUUUGCAAGGCAGGCAACUCUAGAACGCCAUGAGCGGAGCCAUCGGGGCGAGAAGCCUUAUAAAUGCCGAGAAUGCGGGAAGGCAUUUACUGAUAGCAGCGAGCUCAAAACACAUUCACGCACUCACUCUGGCGAGAAGCCUUUUAAAUGCAACUACCCAGGCUGUAAUUUUCAGACAGGCGAUUCCUCAAACAUGUCCAGCCACAAACUAACUCACGGAGAGCGUCGACACAAAUGUCAAUAUCCGGGUUGCACGAAGAGCUUCACUCGUCCUGAUCAACUGAAACGUCACCUCAGAACGACCCAUAAAGAUGAACGUGGCUCGACUCUCACAUCCCCAAUGGCGGAACAAUUUAUGACCGCAGCUUUCGAUAGUCUUGCAUGAUUCUGCAGCUCUGCUACGGCAGACCGGUGCUGCAUACGACCUUUUGCAUGCAUACUAAUGAUCAAACCAGAUGGCGGAUCCGUUUUUGGAUAGGACCGCUUAUCCCGGUUAACCGGCGUUUUAAGGAUAAUAAUGACCGACGAGUCGCCCACGAGCCGACUCACUAGGCGUUUUACAUGGAAUUUGACUGAAUCCAAUUUGGGAUCAAAACACAAAUCAAAAAAGGGUUGCAGGCGGAUAGUUUCUUUCUUAUGUCCCUAUUAUUCUUAUCUACAUGCUGUCUUCUCUGCCUCGGCGCCGCUCUUGGGAGGUUCGGGGUGAUAACUCGCCUUGUCUUGCUC